AUCCUCCGAGCUAGCUCAAAGAGCCAGCCAGCCCCAGAUCCCUCCUCUCCGGGCCGCCGAUGACGACGACCACCACCACCACCAAGGCGAAGCUCGGGGAGCUAGUGUGGGAGCACCGGCUGCGGGCGGCGGCCGCGGUGGCGCUGCUGGCGGCCGCCGUGGUGUCGGUGUCCGCCAUCGGGCCCCGGCUCGGCGCCGUGGUCUCCUUCUUCUGGCCGCUGCUCGUCUCCACCGCCUUCUUCCUCGUCGCCAUGACCGUGCUGCUCCGGAUCUCGCCGCCGCCCGCCGCCGCCGACGACUCCGGCAAGGACCUCGUCGACUUCGUCGCCGGCCCCCACCACAUGGACCACUUCCUCCCGGAGGCCUGCGCCACCGUCGAGGUGCCGCCGGAGAUCUAGAGUCGGAGGAGCACCACACGGC